CUCCUGAGGUCCUGGCCCAGAAACCGUACAGCAAAGCAGUUGACUGCUGGUCCAUUGGGGUGAUUGCCUAUAUCUUGCUCUGUGGCUACCCCCCUUUUUACGAUGAAAAUGACUCCAAGCUCUUUGAGCAGAUCCUCAAGGCAGAAUAUGAGUUUGACUCCCCCUACUGGGAUGACAUCUCUGAGUCUGCAAAAGACUUCAUUCGGAAUCUGAUGGAGAAAGAUCCAAAUAAAAGAUACACAUGUGAGCAAGCCGCUCGGCAUCCAUGGAUUGCUGGUGACACAGCCCUCAACAAAAACAUCCAUGAGUCUGUCAGUGCCCAGAUCCGGAAGAACUUCGCAAAAAGCAAAUGGAGGCAAGCGUUUAAUGCCACGGCCGUCGUGAGACAUAUGAGGAAACUCCAUCUUGGCAGCAGCCUGGACAGUUCAAAUGCAAGCGUUUCAAGCAGCCUCAGUUUGGCCAGCCAAAAAGAUUGUCUGGCACCCUCCACGCUCUGUAGUUUCAUUUCGUCUUCAUCGGGGGUCUCAGGAGUGGGGGCGGAGCGGAGACCGAGGCCCACCACUGUGACCACAGUGCACUCCGGGAGCAAGUGACUGGCUCUGGAGGUGGGGCCCAGGGGCGGGGCCAGGGAAGGGGGCUCCCACCACCCCCGCAGGGCCGCCAGCACCACCAGCCACUCCAGAGUGAUCCCACCUUGCAUGGUGCGCCUUCCUGCACAGGACUGGAAGACAGAAGUUUUUUAUGGCCAUAUUUUAUACUGCAAUUCUGAAGUGUCCAUUUCUCACAAACUGUACUGACUCAAGGGAGCUGACGUAAUAGGAUCUGGUGCUGUACAUAUGAAUCUUGCAAAGCUCUGAUAGAACGGACCUCCCUCAUCCUCUCCCCCAACCCUCGUCACUUCUGCUCUUCUCGGUAUGGGGAACCAUCUAUGUUGUAUUUUUUCAUUAAUGACAAAAAAGGUUUCAACUGGAUUAUUUAAGUCUUGGUAAAUAUUGCGCAUUAGGGUUUUAUUUUUUACCUUUUAGGAAAUAUGCCCUUCUGAUCUUUACUUCUUAGUCACAUGACCUGUAUCUUUUGCUUAUCAGUAGUUGAGUUUUAUGUUAACCUUUAAGAGAUGUGUUUUUUUUUUUUCCCCUCCAAGGGGAAUGUAAAGGUAUUUUUUAAAAUUCUAAUAAGAGGAUCGAGAAUCUGUCUCCAAGGCGAAGAGUGCACUUUACUUCUAUUUUUUCCUCCUUCUCUCUCCUUCUCUGGAGAGGCGGCUCUCUAAGAAAACAACUCAGCAGUCUAGUGAGGCUGCCUUGUCUCCAGGGCCGCCUUGGGAGGGAGUUUGCAGAAGACCUUUUCCAACACCCCCUCCAGCACGCCCCUGGCCAAUGGGAGACUCCAGGGGUCUUCGCCAUCAGUGGUCAGAAAUAAGAAGCCUGCGCCCCCAAGACUAAGGCUAAACUCCAGAGGCUUCACUUGCUGUGAAAGAGAUGCCCACCCAACAAAGAUAUAAGAGCCUCCCUUCCAGAAGGAAGCAGAUACCAUUUUGGUUAAAGGGAACGUCUCACAUGGCUUACAUUUCUCAUGAGGGUAACACAGAAAACUCUGCUCUCAGCUAUGCAGUUUUAAAGUUAAUCUCUCUCUCUCUCUCUCUCUCUCUGUGUUUUUUAAAAAUGCAUUUCUAAUAUUACACUUAAAAUGGCCUCCAACUGACACAAGUCGUUUCUGCAGAUUUUUACCCUGUUCUUCUAUGAAUGUUACCCAGGCGAGGAGAAGGAAGUGACCUUGGAAAAGAGUCCAUUUAUCUGGGUUGGUAAGGGAGGAGACCCGCCAGGCAAGCAGGACAUUGGCCAGUGUGGUGACAGCCAGCUGGCACUUGCAGCCCUCCCUCUGACCUGGGCAGUCUAAAAACCAAAGACCUGUAGUGGUGGUGUCACUUAAGAAUUUCUUGGGAUGUAGGACUUUCAUUGCUAAAACUGGCAAUGUCCCAGGCCACCUGGGCAGCGUUGUUCACCCACGUGAUGCACAGGUGUGCAGGGUAGACCAUGGCGUGAAACCCAGGGCAAACCACUUCCCAAGAGGGCUUUGAGGAUGCUCUCUUGCAGAAGCAUGUAGGCAGCUCCAAAUGCUAGCUUUGUAAAAGCUUUCCCUAGGCCACCAUGCCCACCGUAACACCAUGAGUCUGCGUUUCACACCAUCAGCCUCGAGCCUGCCAUGAAUCCCUGUAGGUCUGCCUGAUGGCCCAGCAACUCUGCUGGCUGUGGUCCUCCUACUUCUCCUAGAGCUAGCUGGACUCAGCAGGUCCUGUUGGUCAAGCUGUCUUUGUCACUUCCCCACCUAUGCCAUAUGUUUAGUGACAGCCCCUCAACACACACACACCUACCAUAUUACUAGGCUCAGCAGCUCCAUCCCGCCUCCAUUAGUAUGGUAGUGCAGGUAUGUAUAAGAGCAUCUAGGAAGACUGGCAACUGGUCUACCCUGUUGCCAACACAUAUCAUAGGCACCCAGCCCCUUGGCAUCUGCCACACAUUCAUCCAGAGUGAAAAUCAGGCUGUCACUCUUCAUGAUUUAUAAAAAGCCUGGAAAAUCUGUUAAAUGACCACAGACCCAGUUGAGAAGCAAGUGUUGUGUGAGUUGCAUUAGUAUCUAUUCCAUCACCACAGAAGGAAAAUGGCAUGAAUGUUAUAAAGUAUCAGAAAACUGAGGUCUCUCUCCAGGGGCUUUGUUAUGGUGUUGCUUCCUAACAAGUAUAAUGGAACAAUCCUAUUUCUACAGUACAAUAAAACAAGGAAUUAGAUGUAAUGGGGUGAUAAUGUGCCCAAAUCUGGUACCUAUGAUAUGUGCCUAACAUCAUGUCCUAUGUGCAAUCAGUUGCAUUUGGAGGGCAACUUCUGAAGCCAAAUUCUCUUAAGGGUGAUUAGAUUAUUUCCUAGAGCUAAUAUCAGGGGUGCACGUUCUAUUCAAUUAGUUUGAAAGCAUGUCUCACCAAGAAGUGCAGAACAGGUGAGAGAUGAGGCCCUGUUGCAAGCAUCCUCUUCAUGGCGUGGGUGAGCCCAUGGCCACGCUUGGCCUGGAGCACGUCAACAACACAGUGUGAGGCGAUGGGGACCAGUUUCAGCCCAAAAGCCAACUCUGUUGAACUUGACAUCAGGCAAAUCCAUUCUGUCUCAGUGCCACUGGACUUGGUUAUUUCCUAUCAUUGUAGGAAGAGGAGAAAACAGAUACCAUAUGGAAGGACUUUUGCUCUUUGAGAGAGCUUUUGUGGCAUAAGAACAGUUCUCUUUCAACUGCAUUUGGUAUUAUUUAUGCUUUAUUGCCACACGGCAAGAGAACCCAGAAUGUGCCUUUUGUUAAGACCGGCUAAGUGCCGGGACCCUCGCUGAUGUCAGAUUCUACCAGUCAUAGCUGAGCCCCGGGCUUCCACUCGCUGUGGAAGCCAGCAUGUGGCUAAGGCUAACAGACAGCCACCAGCUCCAUCACAGGCUUCUUUUCAACCCCAGCAACACCCCCUACGUUGGUCUCCUCAACUUCUCAGAGCUAGUGGAUUAUUUUUUUCACUUGAGUAUGACAUUUUGAAAUAUCCUUGAGUGGUCUGUCUGUCCCUCCUUCUCUUCCCUACUUUUUAUCUCAUUAGUGAGGUGGUAGGCAAAGCCAGCACUGGUCUGAAAUGAGCAGUCAGUGCUCACCCACACGGGGCCCCCACACGAUCAGCUGCUUAUCACCCUUAAGCAGGGUCCCCUGGGGUCUGGACUGCUCACUGUUCUCCCUCGGUGAGCACACCAGGGCCUGGGAUGUUGGGUUGGUGUGGGGCAAAGGCAGCUGGAGCCGAGAGGACAGGGAAUGCCUACGGGGAGCACACCGGACCAUGAAAAGCCCUUGAGAAAAGAAAAAAGUGCCCAGAUAGAUUGACAUCUAGUCCAGGGCAGCAUAUGCCCAUCACAGCAGCAGGUUUUACCAUCUCCUCCUGCCUCUGUCCCCAUAAGAGAGCAGCAAGAAUGAUGUCCCCCUUCGUGUCUCCUUUUUAAAGAAAAGAGCCAUGCAGAAAGCAUACCAAAAAACAAAUGAAUAAGCAAACAAAAAACCAAAAAGCAGGCGUGGCUUAGUGCUGUUGACUAUGGCAGUGAUUCUGGUCACUUCUCAAAUCCCACCUUACAAGCAGGGAGCAGCUUCACAUCCCCACCCAGGAGCCUGUCCCCUUUGAGAGGGUCCCACUCUCCAACCAGCAGUUAGCAUAAUAUCCGAGGAACUCAGCAGUCCAGCAUGGGGCAAGGCAAGAUGGCUUUGGCUCAACAGCAAGGCUCCGACACUUAGGAAGCAUAGGCUGUCUGAUGGCAGGGACUUGACAUAUGACCCUCAGACUCUGUUUACCUGCCCUGUUCAUUUACCUACCUUGGUGUCCAGCAUAUCCUGGAUGGAUUGUGGUUGGGAGAGGGGAACUCUCCUUUACAGCAAAGGUCAAGAACAACAGGGACAAAGGGGAGGGAGCCCAAGUGACUCUUCUGAUAGGGAGUUGACUCUCUCUCUCUCUCUCUCUCUCUCUCUCCCUCUCUCUCUCUCUCUCGGAGCAACAGCUUCAUCCGAUUAACCCACUGGGAUUUGACAUGCUACAAGUCAUGUUAAACAGAAAGAAAAGACCAGAGGCAGUGGAGAUGACACAGCAUGUUAAGGCUCUGGCCCCCAGGGCUCUGUGUGCCACCCAGAGCUUCAGCCAGUGUUGCUCCCUCGCACUGGGAAGGCCAGGCACGAACCAUGGCUCCAGGGCUGGAGACAGGAGAGCUAGAGUUACUGGCUCUGCGGUGUGGCCAACAACACCCCCUACUCCGUGUGAUUCCUAAGGUUUCCUUUGGAUGUGCAAGAGGAAAGCAAGGGCUAGCAAAGGGCAGGUCCUCCCAUUUCAUAAGCAGAACUAAGAUGUACUCUUUCCCAGGGUCACACACUCACUUCCGGCAAAUGAAACGAAGGUCCUCUGAUUCAACCGAUGCACGAAACCUUUGCAUGUUCUUCUGAACCAGUACUACUUCCGCGGUCUGUCCACCCUCCCUCGGCAAACUUUGCCUUUUCCUUAAACACAUUCCAGACCAAACACUGUUCAGUUUGUUUCAAAAAAAAAAAAAAAAAAGUGUAUACCUGUAUGGAACCCACCAUUCUUUUGGGAGGGGGCGCCUGUUCCUAUAGGUUGGGGCUGCAAGCGUGCCUGACAUUUGCACCCAAGGGUUCCAACCCUUUGGUUUUUAGAAUUGCAAAUGUUGAGAUAGAAAAGGUGAAUUGGAUAAACAGAGUCCGAAAGGGGGGCAGGCUUAUUUUCUGAAGACCCCAAGAAAGCCAGCCUGCAGAUGAGCUAGCUUGAAGAGCUCUAUUAAGGAGGAGAAGGAGGAAGACCAAAGCCCAUGCCCUCUCCUCCCCCAGUGUCCUUGUGGCCCCAAGUGCAUCACAGUCUGCAGCCUGGGCCAGGGCACAAGAGCCCGGCCCCACUGUGAAGUCGGCCCCGCAUGCCGGCCAAGGCCUGGCCCGCCGCCUGCUCCGUGCUGACCCAGACCCGAAGGAGCAGCAGCCCUUCCCAGCCUUCCCACCACCUGCGGCUGGAGCUGGAGCGGCUCGGCUUCUGGCUCUGGGGUGGGGGGGGAGCACUCCGCUUCUGCAAACCCAAAGGCUGUGCAUUCGGCAGCCAACCCCACAGCAUGUGGCUGCCAGGUCUGGUUUCGUGGACAAAGUGUGGAAUGGCUUCUUGGUGUCUGUAUCUUUCUACACCAAAGGGACAAACUGUUCCGUUCACCCUUUGUACUAAUGCUGCUUCUGCAUUUGCCAUAUCUAUUUUUAAACCUUUGGGUCCCCAGGGAACUUCUCCUACAGUGAUUAUGUCUUCUGAUUAUUUACUGAAUUAUUUUACUUAGAGGUGAUUUUAUUUUCUUAUGGACAGGAAAAAAAGAGAGAGAGGAGUGUGUGAGGCUUCGGUCAUAGAGAUGAGUCAUCACCAGGGACCCCAAAACCCCAAACACUAAAUAAGUUACUCCUCAAAGGGAAACCUUCAUCUGGACAGACUGAGGUUAUCAGGCCCUCAUACCAGCCUUACACUUGAGGCACAGGGGCUGGGACAGGGCGGGCAGCCAGGCUUUCCAGAGAUGGAAGGAAGGAACUGAUGCAUCGCUUGCUUGGACACUGGUCGUACACACAGUGACCUGCUCCCUCCUUCUGGGGCCCUGGCAUCAGAGUGGAUGACAUGCCAUCCAAUGACAGCAGAGAGACUACAGAAUCUUUGUUUUGAAAGACGGGUGGCAUGUUUCAGGGAACACUUAGCUGAGUGCCACAUUCAGGUUGGAUGACAUAAAAGGCACAUUCUGUCCAAAAUAAAAUUUGGAACAAUUUCUAAAUUGGCAUUAGUCACUACACAUAAUGUCACUGCCCUUCUCAGAGCCCUCCCACCAGCAAGCGAGCAUGUUUUCCAAAAGCUUACAGCGGCGAAUCCAGGAAUGUCCCCGCGUCUAUUACUAUGAGGCUUGUGAUUGGUUCAAUUUUUCCAUUAAAAAAACGUUCAUCCCAGAGAAGGGAAAUUGUGCAUUUAUUCCAUGCAUGUAACACUCUGCAAGAAGUUUAACCCACCUAGGUUUGCGGCACUGCAAAAUUGUUCAUGGGCCUAUGUAGCAAAUGAUUCUCUGCCUUGACAAUCAUGUACACAUAUCAAGAUUUCUAUCAUAAUGACAACGAGAUUGAUGACUUCUUGUUUUCCUCCAAUAAAGACAAUUAAUCACCUUCA